CUCUUUCAAAAGUCCCGUCGGCCAAUGGGAGCGGCCGGGGCUCCCUGCCCCGAUUUGGGAUGGAACAAGGCGAAAUCGGAAGCGCGCGGCUGGUUGGAGGAUUCGGAGCUGGGCCCGGGCCAGACGCUGCGGGGAUGGACCCCGAGAGGUCGAGCUCUGCGCCCCUGCCCUGCACCCUGCAGCCAGCGAGAGAGCCAGGCUUCGUGCCCCUUCCCUUCUUCCUCCGGCACGACUCCCCAAUGUCCUGGGACCUCUGCAACCCUCUCCCGGCUGCCGAGAGCCCGGGCUCAUGGGAGAGCAGCUUGCUGUGGGAUGGAGGGUCUCUGGUCAUCGCCAAUUCUUCCCAGGGGCAGCCGGGGACGCCAGGGGGAGCUGGCUCCAUCUCCCCCCAGCCCCCCUCUGGAUCUCUCCGGGUUUCCUUUGGCCGAGCCCUGGGACAGCCUCUUGCCAGACGCCCCCGCUGACGCAGCCCUUUAUUUCGUUCACCCCCUGGUGAUGGCUGCCCACCUGGAUCCCGGGGUGCCAUGCUUGCUGUCAAGGAUAAAUCCAGCUUUUUCCCCCACUCCACCACCUCUGGAUCCUGCUGGUUUUCCGUUGCCUGAGCUCUGGACCGGGCCCCAUAUGGACGCCCCUCCUGCCGCAGCCCCCGAUCCCACUCUGCCCCCCAUGGCUGCUGCCUGCCUGGAUCCCACAGACGGACCCCCGACAUCCAAGACAAAUCCAGGUGAGGCCCUGGGGGAAGCUGGAUUUACCCCCACUCCACCACCUCUGGAUCCUGCUGGUUUUCCGUUGCCCGAGCUCUGGACUGGGCCCCACAUGGACGCCCCUCCUGCCGCAGCCCCUGAUCCCACUCUGCCCCCUGUGGCUGCUGCCUGCCUGGAUCCCACAGACGGACCCCCAACAUCCAAGACAAAUCCAGACUUGGGUGAAGUCUUGGCCUACGUCUCGCACACCCUAAACUGCCACCGCAAGGGUAUGAGGGUGAAACCGUUGAUGAAGAGGCUGCUGAAGGAGCGUGGGGUGGACCUGUUGGCAUUCAGCCAGGACGGGGGGUACCAGGGAGUCGUGUCCUUCCUGCAGGAGGUGCCGGGUAUCGAACUCUGGAACCCCGAGAAGGGAGAGAAGUGUCGUGUCCUGAGCUGUACCUUUAAGAAGAACAUCGCAGACCCUCUGCCACUACUCUGCAGCACCCUGGGCUCCUACCCCAAUGGCCUGCGGGUCUUCAGCCUGCGGAAGGCCAUGUGGCAGAGGCACGGGGUGAACUUGGAGGAGUUCAGCCAGCAACAGGGAUAUCUGAACACCCUGGACUAUCUGACCAGACUGUGUGGGAUCAGGCUGCAGGGGCUGGAGAGAGGGGAAAAGUGUCUUGUCCAGCUUCAGAAGGGUGCCGCUGUGAAGCCCCCUGCCCCACAGCCCCCCCCCGCUCCCCCAUUGGCCCGGCGCAGCAGCAGCCCCCCGCCCGAUGCCCCUGCCCCCCCCUCGCGGCCUGCCGACCGGGGGCCGAUGGGAGCCCCGGGGGAGACGCCCGGCUUGGCCGAGGUCUCGGCCUGUGUGCGGGAUGUGCUGGGCCGCUUCCCGCUGGGGCUGAAGGUGGGCAAGCUGAAGGAGGCGCUGCGGGGCGAGCGCGGGCUGGACCUGGAGGAGCUGAGCUGUCAGCGGGGCUGCGGGGACGCCCUGCACCUGCUCCGGGCUCUGCCCCACCUGCGGCUGGGGGACCCGGGCAAGGGUGACGCCUGCCUGGCCCGGCUGAGCGCGGGUGCUGCUAUGAAGACCCCUGCCCCACAGCCCCCCCCAGACCCCGCUGCCCCAUCGGCCCGGCACGGCAGCAGCCCCCCGCCCGAUGCCUCUGCACCGCCCUUGCAGCCUGCCGACGGGGAGCCCAGGGGAGCCCCCGGGGAGACGCCCGGCUUGGCCGAGGUCUCGGCCUGUGUGCGGGAUGUGCUGGGCCGCUUCCCGCUGGGGCUGAAGGUGGGCAAGCUGAAGGAGGCGCUGCGGAGCGAGGGCGGGCUGGACCUGGAGGAGCUGAGCCGUCAGCGGGGCUGCGGGGACGCCCUGCACCUGCUCCGGGCUCUGCCCCACCUGCGGCUGGGGGACCCGGGCAAGGGCGACGCCUGCCUGGCCCGGCUGAGCGCGGGUGCCACUGUGAAGCCCACUGCCCCAUUGGCCCGGCACGGCAGCAGCCCCCCGCCCGAUGCCCCUGCACCCCCCUUGCAGCCUGCCGACGGGGAGCCCAGGGGAGCCCCAGGGGAGACGCCUGGUGCCACUGUGAAGCCCACUGCCCCAUUGGCCCGGCACGGCAGCAGCCCCCCGCCCGAUGCCCCUGCACCCGCCUUGCAGCCUGCCGACGGGGAGCCCAGGGGAGCCCCGGGGGAGACGCCUGGCUUGGCCGAGGUCUCGGCCUGUGUGCGGGAUGUGCUGGGCCGCUUCCCGCUGGGGCUGAAGGUGGGCAAGCUGAAGGAGGCGCUGCGGAGCGAGCGCGGGCUGGACCUGGAGGAGCUGAGCCGUCAGCGGGGCUGCGGGGACGCCCUGCACCUGCUCCGUGCUCUGCCCCACCUGUGGCUGGGGGACCCGGGCAAGGGCGACGCCUGCCUGGCCCGGCUGAGCGCGGAUGCUGCUGUUAAUGCCCCUGCCCCCCCUGCCUCCUCCCGGCCUGCUGAGGCGGGGGGGCCGGGCGCUGCAGGCCCAGCGAGGCAGAGGCGCGGCCAGCGGUGGGUGGCAAAGCCCGGUGCGAUGGAGGCGUUGAUCCGGGGCGCCCUGGCCCCCUGCCCCUUUGGUAUGCGGGUGAAGAGGCUGAAGAAGCUGCUGGCGGGGAAGCAUGGAGCCAAGCUGGAGGCCUUCAGCCAGGCCAGAGGCUACGGGGACGUGGUCUCCUUCCUGGGGGACGUCCCGGGACUCACGCUCCGGGACCCAGAGAGGGGCAACAACUGCAUCGUGCAGCUCCAGAGAGGUGUGACUGAGGUCCUGACGCUGCUCAAGUGCCUGCUACGCCCAUACAAGUCUGGCCUGCGGCUGCAGAAGGUGCAGGAGUUGCUGCUGGAGAGACACAGGCUGGAUCUGAAGCGGUUUGUUAGCUCCCAGGGCGAGGAGGACGUGCUGGGAUUCCUGCAGAGGCGCCUGCCCGCACUGCAGUACAGGCAGGCGGAGAAGGGGGAGAAUUGUAUCGUCUGGCUGGGGACAGGGCAGAAGAAAGGCUCUGGAUCUUUGCCCCCUGACAGUACCCGCCCUCUGCCCAGCUCCAAGAGGUGCCUCCUCCCAACGAACGCUGCAGUGCGCCCGGCCCCACCCGCCACCGACUGCCUCAACCCUCGGCUGCCCAGUGCUACCACCAACCGGCCUCUGCUUCCCAGCCUGCCCUCGGGCCGGGAGCCCUUCCGCGCCCCAGCUGUCCUGGGCAAGCUGGGAAAAUCCCCAAGGGCCAACCCCCGCCUCCCAGCCUGGUUACUGAGCCCACCCCGGCCCACCAGCGCCUGCUUAGGCCUGCGAGCAGAGGAGGGGACCCAGGAGUCCGGAGCCAGGCCUGCCAGCGCCCCCUUGGCCCUGCGAGCAGAGGAGGGGACCCAGGAGUCCGGGGCCAGGCCUGCCAGCGCCCCCUUGACCCUGCGAACAGAGGAGGGGACCCAGGAGUCCAAGGCCAGGCCUGCCAGCGCCCCCUUGACCCUGCGAACAGAGGAGGGGACCCAGGAGUCCAGGGCCAGGCCUGCCAGCGCUCCCUUGACCCUGCGAACAGAGGAGGGGACCCAGGAGUCCAGGGCCAGGCCUGCCAGCGCUCCCUUGACCCUGCGAACAGAGGAGGGGACCCAGGAGUCCGGGGCCCAGCCACCUGAGGACCUGAGGGAGCUGAAGCAGAAGGUGGGGGCCAUCCUGGCCGGGCACCCCGGGGGCAUGUCCCUCUUCCAGUUCCGUGCCGCAUACAGCGCUGCCCACCAGCACCCGCUGCCCCUGGGCCGCACGGCCUCCACCAAGCAGCGCCUGGCGCAGAUGCCUGACGUGGUGCGGAUGCAGGGCUGCGGGGUGCAGAUGCUGCUGCUGCCAGUGGACCCCAAUGGACCCCCCGGGGGAGAGCCUGGUCUUGCCCUGUGGAUCCCGCAAGAAGCUGCUGCCCUGGCUGGGGACCCCGACGACCCAUCUGACCCCCCUCCUGCCCCUGCUGUUUCUGACCCAGCUGGGGACUCCCACGUUCCAGCCAAGCCCUGUUCCACUCUGGCCGAGAUCCCCCCAGCUCCCACCCUGACUGGGGACCCCAACACUCCAGCUGAGCCCCCUCCCCUGCCUGCAGCUCCCACCCUGACUGGGGACCCCGACACCCCAGCUAAGCCCCUUCCCACCCUGGCCGAGAUCCCUCCGGUCCUCACAGCUCCUGACCGAGCUGGGGACCCCAAAGUCCCAGUCGAACCCCCUCCCACCUUCGUGGAUCCAAGACAGGGGCCGAGCUCCCAGGCCCUUCAGCGCCCAGAAGCCGCCAGACCUGAAGCCAGCUGGGAGUUACCCAACUUGGUGCCCAGUGCCCCCGUGGUUCUCCCUGCAUCGGGGCCGGGCAGCAGCUCGUGGUUCAAGGUUGGGGCAGAGUCUCCCCUGGCCCCGGGUGAUCUCGGUGCUGCUGCUCGACCGGUCGUGUACCCUCCUCCCCAGGAGGUCCCCCCGGCCCCUGCUGCAGGCCCAGAGCCGCCCUCCUUGUGCCCAGCGUCACUGGGGCCACCCCAGGCCCGGCUCAAGCGGGUCCAACUGGUGCCUCCCUUCCAAGACCACCCCUGGGCUGGGGAUGCCCCUCGGGCACAGCCGGUCCUUAAAGCCCUGGGUCAGAACCAGGGCACGUCAGCAGCUGUGGGAUCCCCUGUGGGCCCGAUCCCUGCAGAUCCAUCCACGGGCCAGGCCAUCUCCCCUGCUAAGCAGCUCCCAGGGGUGGCCCCGGAUCCCCUCCCACCUCCAGAUGCCAGUGUCUUAGCGACCCCCGAGCGGGGCUGGCCAGAGAUCGGGCCAAAUGGAGAUGUUGGCUCUCCUGUUGACCCCUUGCGGCGCUGCAGUCCGACCCAGCUGGUCCCCUCUGCAGGGAGGACCCAGCCGGGACCAUGGGGCGAGAUCCCCUCCGCCCCACUGGCCCACUCGCCGCCACGCAACACCGACACCUGCAUUAUCCUAUAGCCACCGCUGGCAACUCAGGCUGGCAACUCUGGGGUGGAGCAGGUCGGCCUGCAGCCAACUCAGCACAGUGCCUGCCGGAGAGGUCGGGAAAUGAACCCCUGUGAUUUCCCCAGUAGGGGGCACUGGGGCAUUUCUCCCCCCAGGACUUGAUUGGGGAGUGACGAUCUCUUUAGUGGGCUUGAAAACGUGGGCUCACAACUUUAAAGAAGUGGCCACUGACUAUUUUGGCGGGGGAGGUGGCUUAACUUCAGGACUUCCAACUCCAGACCCGCCCUGAGACCACCCCCGCCCCCCCCCCAGCUCCACCGAAUCGCGAGUGCUCGGUGGUUCUGGAAACCAGUCGUGGCUUUUCAACUGCACGUUGCCCCAAACCGGUGGCCACUUCCUGAAAGCGGUGGCCAGCCACUGACGUCUCAGGGAAACCGGCCGGGGUCCCGCGUGCAGCAUUUACAUUUUAUCCAUUAAAUUUUCCAAGAAGCGGCA